AUGUCGCGUUAUCUCCGACCAGCGGCUCGCCUUGCUGCCACGGCGAGGACCUCCGCCCUCCGUCCGGCCACCGCAUCGCCAUUCCUCUCCAGGGCCGCCGUCAUCCCCGGCGUACAAAGACGGACAUAUGCCGACGCCUCCGGCGUCAAGGAGUACACAGUCCGCGAUGCCCUGAACGAGGCGCUUGCCGAGGAGCUCGAGCAGAACGACAAGGUCUUCAUCCUGGGCGAGGAGGUUGCCCAGUAUAAUGGCGCAUACAAGGUCACCAAGAACCUCCUGGACCGCUUCGGCGAGAAGCGUGUCAUCGACACACCCAUCACCGAGUCCGGCUUCGCCGGUCUGGCCAUCGGUGCCGCCCUGAGCGGUCUGCACCCAGUUUGCGAGUUCAUGACCUGGAACUUCGCCAUGCAGGCCAUCGACCAAAUCGUCAACUCGGCCGCCAAGACCCUCUACAUGUCGGGCGGCAUCCAGCCCUGCAACAUCACCUUCCGCGGACCCAACGGUUUUGCCGCCGGCGUCGGCGCCCAGCACUCCCAGGACUUCUCUGCUUGGUACGGGUCCAUCCCCGGCCUCAAGGUUGUCUCCCCCUGGUCCGCCGAAGACGCCAAGGGCCUCCUCAAAGCUGCCAUCCGCGACCCCAACCCCGUCGUCGUCCUCGAGAACGAGCUCAUGUACGGCCAGUCCUUCCCCAUGUCGGCCGAGGCUCAAAAGGAUGACUUUGUCAUCCCCUUUGGCAAGGCCAAGAUUGAGCGCUCCGGCAAGGAUUUGACUCUGGUCACCCUCUCCCGCUGCGUCGGGCAGUCCCUUGUUGCGGCUGAGAACCUCAAGAAGAAGUACGGUGUUGAUGUCGAGGUUAUCAACCUCCGGUCGAUCAAGCCUCUUGAUAUCGAGACGAUCAUCAAGUCGCUCAAGAAGACGCACCGUCUGAUGGCCGUCGAGUCUGGCUUCCCUGCUUUUGGCGUCAGUGCUGAGAUUUUGGCGUUGACGAUGGAGUAUGGAUUUGACUACUUGGACGCCCCCGCCGCUAGAGUCACUGGUGCUGAUGUGCCCACGCCGUAUGCCCAGGGCCUGGAGGAGAUGAGUUUCCCUACUGAGGGGACGAUUGAGCAGCAGGCCGUUAAGCUUCUUCGCCUUUAAAUCGAUCCCUCGGAUACAAUUAUUUUAGAAUAGGGGAGGACACGAUAGGUGUAAGUGGCUAAUUGCAAGGGUGGCUAAGGGGCGGGAUGGUCGGAACAGGUACAGGAAACACACACACAGCAAACCAGGAAUGCAAAAAAGCCAUGAAGAUUUUAGAGUUUUCUCUCCAAAGUUUUGCGUUCUCCUUUUUUCUUGUCUUUGGUUCUUUCUUGUUUGCUUCCCCAUCAUACAUAACGGACGGUCUCGUUGGAUUCAUUGGUUUGGUGUGAAAGGAAACUGGUGAAAUAAUCGGCGAAAUAGACAGGCUUUUUCCCUCUGGGGGAAAAAAAAGAAAUGUUUACUUUUAUGUUUGUACAUGUGCU